AUGCAGAAGCCUUACGCGUGGCCCCACCUUCAAGACAAGGCCGCCCCUUAUCAUAAAUCUGAAACAAAAACCCCCAACCCAAAUGCGCACGAAAAGUCUGCCAACAAGACGAAAGCAAUUGACCGUCGCGCCCCCUACCCGGGCGUGCCCUUGAAUCCGGCCAUGAGUGAACAUGAUCACCACCAUCACCACUCGGUGCCGCAUAAAGGGCAACCGUUACUAUACGUCCCAAACACACUAUGGACACGCGCAUUCGCGAUAACGGUUAUCGCCGAAACAGUCGCUACAGUCGCAAUUGAAAGGUAUGCGCUCAAUCGCGUCUCUCAAUACCAAGUCCAACCCGGAACUCCACUAACAGCGCCUUAUACAUCCAGCUGGAUCCUAAUAAGUCUCCGCAACCACCUCGAAGACGAUGGCAAAAAUGACGGAUCAAUGCGCCUCCAAUCCUUCCUAGGUCUAUACAUCUUCGCCCUACUAUAUGAACUGGCUCUUUCGUAUGAUGCCCUGCGCCGCAAGAAUACAAUCCAACUCGUCGGUCUCUGCGUCUGUAAUUUGGGCCUGUUGACCUAUGGCUCUUUACAGAUGCAGGAGAUCAAUAGUACAGUUACGACGGCGCUGAAUGAUAAGUCUGUCAGCGAUCAUUUGCUUAAAAUUUAUCGCAUUGAGCUUGUGCUUGUACCUGUUAUUUUGGGUGUUUGCACUAUUGCUAUGACAUUUUUUACGUGGAAACUGCGUGCUGAGUUUUCGUGGUCUAUUUAUAAGAAUAUUAGUGCGGAUUUGCAGAUGAAGAGGAGGUAUCUUACUUAUCAGGUCUAUAUUGCGCUGUUGAAAUUUGAUUUCUUCUUCGUGUUUGGAAGCCAACUUCAGGUUCUUCUUGUUGUCUUUAAGACUGAGGACUCUGAUUUCAUCAUCAAUGCCGCCCUAAUUCCGGUUACGAUAGCGACGUUGAUUGGGGCUGCUCAGUUCUGCAAGCGUGAGAAGACAAAGUCUCUCAUCACUAUGAUGUUCUUCAUGCUUGUCAUCAUGGGAUGUUUUGGUCUGACGCUCUAUCGAAUGCACAUCUCGAGCGGAAGCAGCCAAUUCGCCUCAGUCCGUGUCUCCCUGACACUAUUUUCCUCCCUAUCAUUGCUUUUGAUGGGUAUCACGCUCGUCAACUCCGUGUUGUGUAUCAUCAAUUUCAACAAGGGAUUGAAGAAUCAUGUUAUGACUCCAAAGAAGCGAAGGAAAGGUUCAGUCACAUUGGAGCUUGAGUCUCAAGAGGCUCCUUCGCGUUCCCGAGUUGCCACCGAUGCCACGCUCAGAAGAUUAAAUGCUCUGGGGAAAAGCCAUGCUCCAAAUGUCGGUCUGCGGGCUAUGGAGCCCAAUGCAGAUAUGCGACUCGGGAUCGCAAACUACCUGGAGCAACUCUUGAGAGAUAGCGAAGAGUUACACGACCGAAAGCGUCGUCCGAAAGAAACGCGCUCGAAUAGACCAGAGCAAAACUCAGACUCUCGGUCAAGUCCCGACACAGCCGAAGAAAAUGCUGACUCAAUGGCACAAAGUCUCUCCAUCGGAGACAAGCCAUGGUUUCAAUCUCACGAUGCCUCAUUGAUUCCUCUCUACAUUAGCGAAGCAACUUGUACCGCUUUUGCCACUCGGCUAUGUCAGUCCUUAAAGAGGACGAAUACGCCAACACUGCAUCUUCCAAGAUCGCGUUAUACUGACGAGUCUACUCUUACAUCUCUCCUCCAUGCAGACCUACAAUGGCCGAGCCUUGUGUGCGCACAGCUAUUGGUCAAAACUGCACUUGGUCAUAUCAUGUCUAGUUUUCAUUUUGUUCUGAAACAGGAUACUAUGGAUAUGCUCCAUAGCGUUUAUCAGAGUCAAGACUUUGAGAAUCAAAGUAUCAAGUGCAAGUUCUUUGCACUGUUUGCAAUUGGACAAGUUUAUUCGACUCCUUAUGGGUCUUUCGAUGCGUCGCAUGUCCCGGGAUCGGAUUAUUUCGCAAAAGCAUUGAGUCUCAUGCAGGUCAUUCCUGAAAGACCAAACAUGGUUCAUAUAGAGAGCCUACUUUUACUUGCAUUCUUCUGUCAAUUUCUGAAUCGCUUCCAUUCAGCCUACCUCUUCAUCGGAAACGCAUUGCGACUGGCGCUCAGCAUGGGCUUGAACUAUAACGUCCCACAAAGCCAAAAUCUUCAUCCAGUGGCGCGAGAACAUCGAAUCCGAAUUUGGUGGUCUAUCUAUACGCUUGAUCGCUUCUGGGGCUCGAAAUCGGGAUUCCCUGUUCAAAUUCACGAUGAAUGGAUUCAUGUCGAUCUUCCUUCUAGUGUAGCAUCUGAAUCAUAUCCAGAUCAGUUUGCAGACAGUGCUUUCGCAACAUCGGCUAUUGAACUUGCCAAAAUUACCGGAAGCACGACUGGAGAUAUCUACUGCCAAAAACAAUCUGUUGAGAGCUUCUUACACUGUGAACAGAAACUUCUGACUCAGUUAAAGCAAUUGGUUCAAUCUCUACCUGAGCGAAUGAGACUUCGUUCGGACAUGCCAAACCCCAAAGAUGUGAUUCAGAUGCAUCUUCAAUUCAAUUUUUGUGUGAUCUUGGCUAUCAGACCAGUCCUCCUACACGUCCUGAAUUUGACCAAGAAAGGCCACUCCAACCGCUCCCCCGAUACAAUUUCGCCGGUCCUGGUCACCCUGAGUGAGGCAUGCAUUCACGCAGCAAGACACUCUUUCGCCUUAUGUAUGGAUGAAUGGACAAAAGGAUCCUUUGCAAUCUAUGGCUAUGCCUUCCCAGCCUACCUUUUCUCAGCCGCACUGGUCUUAGCCGUCUCAAGCCUCCUGUCUCUUGGGAAUCCAGCCGAUUUGACAUCUACCGAAACAACCUUGGAGAUACUCAAGAACCUUAGCUUAUCCGGCAAUCUUGCAUCAAGGGACCUUUAUGAUCAUCUCACGCGGGUACGGCAAUGUCUAGAUGACCAUUCUAUCUCUCUUGCUUUGACUCUCGAUCAUUCUGACAGUGCUCCCGUCAAUCCAUUACCGAUGGACGAAGGCUUGCUCCCAAUGCCAUCACGACCCAGCCGAUUCUCCAGUCAUCCCCAGGCAACCCCAUACUUUGAGGAUCUAAAUUCCCAGCUUUUUGAAUCCAACGUGCCUUAUCUAACUACGGAAAUGGCUCUUCACCAACCUACCAUGCUGAACUUCUUGACGCAAUCUCAUGUGGACUUUGGACUUCUGGAUCCAGUGGAGACUUUCAACGAUUUUGAUCUUGCCUUUUCAAGGUCUUCUGAUUAA